CUGGCUGGCUGCUUCCUGUCUUGCACCUGAAUGUCCAAUGCAUUGUUUGUUCUUAAUAGCAGCGACUUGGGAGCUCUAGAAUGAAUCGUUGGUUCUCCUGUGCCCUGAGAAACACACUGACUGCAGACUGGAGCAAAUAUAACGAUCGGUUAAUGAAGGCAGCUGAACGGGGGGAUGUGGAGAAGAUCGCAUCGGUCCUUUCGAAAAAGGGGGUGAAUCCCACCAAAUUGGAUGUGGAAGGGAGAUCAGCAUUCCACGUGUUAGCCUCCAAGGGGAAUCUUGAUUGUCUGAAUACCAUCCUUGUCCAUGGAGUUGACAUUGUCGCUACUGAUGCUGCAGGAAGGAAUGCACUGCACCUGGCUGCAAAAUACGGGCACGCACUCUGUCUGCAAAAACUACUACAGUACAACUGCCCGACAGAAAAUGUGGACCUUCAGGGCCGCACUGCUCUGCACGAUGCAGCCAUGUCCGAUUGCCCCUCCAGCAUCCAGCUGCUGUGUGAUCACGGAGCCUCGGUGAAUGCCAGAGACGGAGACGGAAGGACGCCACUGGUGCUGGCCACUCAGAUGUGCCGUCCCAUCAUCUGUCAGCUGCUGCUAGACAGAGGCGCUGAUGUCAACGCGAGAGACAAGCAGAACCGGACCGCUCUGAUGUUAGGCUGCGAAUACGGUUGCAAGGAUGCCGUGGAAGUUCUGCUCAGGAACGGAGCAGAUAUCUCGUCAGUCGAUGCCCUCGGCCACGACUGUUCUUACUACGCAAGGAUUGGUGACAGCAUUGAUAUUUUGCAGCUGAUAAAAUCUGCCUUUGAGGAGUCCAGCAAGAUGAAUCACGAAGUUAUGAAGAAAGGGCAGCCCACCGUGAAGGUGACCAACAUGCUGCCAAAGUGGACUUUGCCCAGCGCCCCGGAGGAAGCCGCCUUCAAGCCGUAUCAGAAGGAACACCGGAAUGUCCAGGAAGUGGAACGGGAGAACGAAGACUUGAAGGGCAGGAUGAGGGAGAUCCAGCAGGAGCAUCGAAUCCUCCUAGAGAGGAUCAAUGGGUUGCAGCUGCAGCUGAACGAGGAACAAAUGGUUGCUGAUGAUCUUGAAAGUGAGAAAGACGAACUUGGAAGGCUCCUGACAGCAAAGGAGAAACAGCAGGAAGAAAGCCUGAGAGCUCUUGAAGCUCUGAAGUCGAAGCUGAGGUUUUACGAGAGUGACCACGCAGUGCCUGGAAGUGGCUUUGGUAACAGGAAAGAAGAAGUUCUGCUGAAGCAGGGUUCAGGAUAUUCUGUGGAACAACAGCCCGGAUCUGCCUCGCUGUCAGCCAACUUGCAGAGCAGGUCCAUGGUGAGGCCUUUGGAGCUCUCGAGCCCCAGCCACUCGUUGGCGUCGGAGGCCGAAGCCCUGAAGCGAGAGCUGAGCCACUUGCGGAGCUGUUACGAGGCCAGCAAGGGGGAGACGGGCAAGCUGCAGCAGCAGCUGUCCCACAAAGCAGCCGAGUGCCGGGCCUUGGCCUCCGAGUGCGAGAGGACCAAGCAGGAGUCCGACCGGCAGAUCAAGCAGCUGGAAGAUGCUCUGAAGGACGUCCAGAAGAGGAUGUUUGACUCGGAAGGGAAGGUCAAGCAGAUGCAGACGCACUUCCUGGCCCUGAAGGAUCACCUGACCAGCGAAGCGGCUGUGAGUGGCAGCAAGGUGGCGGAAGAGCUGAAGGUGCAGCUGAAAGACAUGAAGGCGAAGUACGAGGGGGCCUCGGCCGAAGUGGGCAAGCUGCGGAACCAGCUGAAGCAGAACGAGCUCUUGGUGGAGGAGUUCCGGAGGGACGAAGGGAGGCUGGUGGAGGAGAGCAAGCGGUUGCAGAAGGAGUUGGGCAUGUUGCGGGUGGAGCGGGAGAGGAAGGAGAAGAGGCUGUCCGAGGCGGAAGGCCAGCUGAAGGAGGCGGCGGUCAAGUUUGAACAAAUGAAAAGUUCGCUUUCCGGCGAAGUCAGCGAGAGGGCCCGGAAGUUAGCAGAGGUGGAGAAAGAGCACAAGAAACUGAAUGAGGAGGCUCAGCUGCUUCGGGCAGAACUGGAGAGGCAGAAAGCCCAGCUGGCCCAGGCUGUGAGGCCGGAGGAGCACAGGCAGCUGAAGAGCAGGUAUGAGCAGAGAACCCAGGAGCUGGAGAGGGCCCAGUCGGACCUGGAGCUGCAGAACCAGGCCUUGCGGAAGGAGGUGGAGCGAGCACACGCCGAGAGCAGCCUGCUGAAGGGCCAGGUGGACACCUUGCACGGUGAGAUGAAAAGCCAGUUCGUGCCUUUGAAAGUCACAGAAGAGCUCAAGCAAGCAGGCAAGAGGACGCUGGAGGAGCUGAACGGAAAGCUUGCGGAAGCCUCUGGAAAGUGUCACGGGUACAAAGCAGAGGUGGAGAAGCUGCAAGCAGAAAAGGCUUCCCUGAAGGAGAACCUGACUCGGCUCCAGGCGGCUUACGUCCCUCCGGAAAAGCACCAGGAGGAGACGGGAGCCUUGAAGUCCACCAUCGCUGACCUGCAGAAGCGCCUGGCCGAGCUUGGCCGGAUGUCCGAAGAGGACAGAGCAAAGGCGAGGAAUCUCGUGACUGAAAACACAUCUCUUCAGAAGCUGAUGAAGGAGCAGUACGUGCCCGUGUCCACUCACGAGGAGACCAAGCAGGCAUUGAACAGCAUGCUGGAAAAAACAGGCCAGGAGCUGUUGGACCUGAAAGAGAAAAUGGAAGGCGUUAAGCAGGAGUUUGUGAAAGGGAAUGAGGAGAACGCAGCCUUAAAGAAGAAGCUGAGAGGCCUGCAGAACCAGCUCGAAGGGGAAUACGUCAGCAAGAAAGAACAUGACAGUCAGGUUGCCGCUCUCAACAGAAACGUUCAGGAGCUCCAGCAAAGCAGCUCUGAGACGCUGGGGAAAUACCAGGCCAAGGAAGAAGAAGUGUCCCAGCUGCACGCUGAGAUCGAAGCCCAGAGAAAGGAGCUGGACACCAUCCAGGAGUGCAUCAGGUCCAAGUAUGCCCCCCUGGCCAGUUUGGAAGACAAGGAGCGGAUCUUUGAGGCCACCGUCCAAGACCUGCAGCGUCGCUUGCAGGAACAGGAGCAGCAGUGCCGAGAACAAGAGGAGGAGGCCAAGAAAUGCCGCCAGGAGAGCGAGAAGCUGCGCGCCGGGAUCCAGUCGAUCCAAAACGACCUGCGGCAGAACUACAUCCUGGCCGAAAAGUCGCAUGAGAUGGAGAGGGCCUUUGCCAGCAAGAUGGAUGACCUGAACAAGCAGCUGCAGGAGCUCCGGCAGAAGUUUGCGGAGAUCAAGAGCGAAAAGGAGUGCCUGCAGGAGGAGAGCGCCAGGCAGCGCCGGGAGGCCGCCGAGGCCCAGAGCCGCCUGCAGGGCCAGUACGUGCCCGUGGAGCAGGUGGAAGCCUUGAAGCGGGUGCUGGGCGACACCGUCGAGGACCUCAAGAAGGAGCUGAGCGGCAAGGCGGCCAGUUGGCAGCAGGAGCUCCGGAAGACCCAGGAGCUGCAGCAGGAGCUAGCCGGCCUGAGAGCCACGUCAGUGCCCGUGGCCGAGCACACCCGACUGAAGGAAGCCCUCGAGAGGGAGGCGGCAGCCCUCAAAGCCACCCUGCGAGAGAAGGAGGAGGAGAGCCGGGGCAGAAGCGAGGAGGUCUCCCGGCUGCAGGCCGAAAUCCAGAGCACGAAGCAGGCCCUGAAGGAGCUGGAGAGCCGGGGAGCGGCGGAGCACUCCGAGCACCAGGCAGUGAAGAGCAGCCUGGAGGCCCAAGUGAGCAGCCUGGGAGAGAAAGUGGCCGACUUGACUGGGAAGCUGGAGGCCGUGCGGGGAGAGGCGGAGGACGAGAAGGAGGAGCCGCAGAGCCGGAGCCUCAGCAUCGAGCAGGAGAUCCGGGAGCAGAAGGAGAGGUGCGACAAGUCUCUGAGCACCAUCACGGAGCUGCAGAAGAGGAUCCAGGAGUCGGCCAAGCAGGUGGAAGCCAAGGACAACAAGAUUACAGAGCUCCUCAAUGAUGUGGAGCGGCUGAAGCAGGCCCUCAACGGCCUUUCCCAGCUGACGUACAGCAGCGCCCUCCCAGCCAAGAGGCAGGCCCAGCAGGCAGAAGCCCUCCAGAGCCAAGUGAAGACCCUGCAGCAGCAGCUGGCUGAUGCAGAGAGACAGCACCAGGAGGUCAUCUCAAUAUACCGGACUCACCUUCUCAGUGCCGUUCAGGGUCACAUGGAUGAAGAUGUUCAGGCAGCCUUACUUCAAAUCUUGCGGAUGCGGCAAGGGCUCGUCUGCUAAUGGGGGCCGCUGCUUCUGUUAAGAGUCCCGAGGCAGCUGUAAAACGUACUAACCUUUCAGGGCUUCUUUCUUUCUUAGGCUUUUCUGGCUGUAAUGGUUGAAGGCGCUCCUUCCCUCCCUCCCUCUUCUGUCAAGAGCGUGGCGGUGGGGAGGGGAGGGGAGGGAGCACUUAUGUUUUUUGAAAAGUGCAAAAAGGGGCUGCUGUUCACUGACGGAGCUUCUUAAUUUGCCUGUUUGGAAGGCAGAAGUUCAGGCCUUAAUUUUUGGUAGUCAAAAUGAUGACAGCAAGCCAAGUUCUGAAAUGUCUGAUUGACCUCAAAAAAAGCUUUCUCUGCCUCAACAAAGCCUCGUUGAGAAAAUUCAGAAUAUGAACAAGCACAGGAGUCACGAACCGAAGUCACCGCAGCCCAAAUCCUGUCCUCUUGGUUUUCAGAAUGGGUUUCUUUUUUAAGACAAGACUUGAGCAGUCGCGUCAAGUGCGAUCGUCUCUGUAGCGACAGCGGUCAGGAAAGAACCAGAGGCAGCGGCACACAGGGUGUCUUGCAACUUGGCUGGCCAAGUUGCAUCUUCCAAAGUAACUUGUCAGGAGCAGUGCCUUUUUAGCCCUCUCUACAUGUAAGAACUUCACGGAACACAAGAACUGUUGUAUGUUUCUUUUUACAAGAGGUAUUCCACUCCCCACCCCCCUCGGGUUCUUCAUCCCUCUGAUUCCAUGUUUCAGAAAUAGCAAGACCGGAAUCAUUGCAGAUGAGAAGUUGCCGCCUUCCCUCAGACUGAAGCAGCACAUGGCGUGAGAGAAAUCUCUGAACGGGGCGGGGGGGGGCAGCUUUUACUGAAGUAUGAAAGCAACCGUUGGAACAAUCUCAAAAACUUUUUCCAGGAAAUAUCUGCUGAAGCAAAUGACGCACAGGCCUGGCAUGUGAAGUUCUGGGGUUUUGUGAUAAGCUGCCCUCCCUCUUCCCCCCCCCCUCCCCCCCAGUUGUACUGAAGUGGGCAGGGAGAAGCGUUUGCCGACUGCUCAGAUGUGUGUGGCUUAGCAAAGAUGAGCGUCAAGGGAGAGGGGAAAUAACUGCAAGUAGCUGAAGCUGUCAGGUAACUGACUGUGCCCUUCUCUCUGUGGGCUUUCUGCCACCUCUUUUUUUCUGCUCAAGGGAGCGGAUGCCAACAACACAUUAAGGCACAAGCCCAGUUGGACCCUCUCCUGCGCUGGUCUCCUGGAGUUGUUGCAUUCUUGUGCAGCGCUUGUGCAGCAUAUCGAGUCUAGUGGGGAUUGUGUUCUUGCAUAUUCCCCUACGCCAAAAACGGGCUCAGUUGCUCCGAACAUCACUUAAAAGGCCUUCACCAGAGCCGGACGCAGCUGCCAUUUGAUCGUUAGCAGCGCCUAACCCAUGUUCUUUUCUGCUUCUGAAUACUAGAUUUUGUAAAUUAUGUAUUAUAAUACAUGCUGCUGGCUUUUAUUUAUGCAGGGGGAUGCAUAUGUCAGAGGGAGAGAGAGCCGGCUCGCUGUCUUGUGUUGUAUGAGAAACACAGCAGGGCCGCUUCUUCUUUUUUCUUUCUUCUCUUGCCGUUUUUUUAAAGUAUUCCAAAGACUAACCCCGAAUCCUGGAUUUCUGGGAAAGCCAAAAUUCUUAAACUGGGGAGCGUUACAAAGGGGGCUGCUUUAGAAAUGCCAACUGCCUCGUUUUAGUGCCCUGAGCGGCGCCAGGCCAAAAAUAUGUUUCUGCUCAAAGGCCAUUCUGCCCAGGGGGGCCCUUCUGCAUCUUCCCAGGCUGGUGCUGAAGAAGAGAUCCUGGAUCUGAUUCCCACAAGUGCCACCCCUGCCAGUUGCUGGACUUGCAAGGGGCAGAGGGAGCUGCCAAUAUCCACAGGAGCCAAGACCUGACCUCAGAGCCCGCCUGGCUCAAGGGGGGGUUAUCACCUCGAAGGGGGGUUAUCCCUGUCACCAGCAGUCCCCCCCCAAAGAGCUUGCCUUGAAACUGUUCCAGGUAGGGGAGAGAAAGAAGAUGACAGCUACUCACUGCCUCUCCCCGAAGGAAGCCCAGCGUGGAACCCGGCCGGCCAAAUGUACUUCUUCCUCCUCUUACCAGCACUUUUGAUAUCUGGUGGUUUUGAUAUCUUCGUACUAACGCCAUGGUCGCUAUAACUUUUCUUACAAGGGAAGACGUUUUGCGUAUUUUUAUUCUCUCUUCCCUGCAUUACAUAUCAAUAAAAGUUUUUAUCUUCUGUGCA